AGACUCUCUUCUUCGUCUCCUCCCCCACUCUCUCUCUCUAGCCUUCUUCAUAUAAUCCUCUCUCUCUCUCUCUCUCUCUCUCUCUCUCUCUCCCCUCUUCCUGAAUCUGAAACCUUUGCAAUGGCGUCCAACGGCAGCUCCAGCGGCCUGAUCGUGAGCUUCGGCGAGAUGCUGAUCGACUUCGUCCCCACCGUCUCCGGCGUGUCCCUCGCCGAGGCGCCGGGGUUCGUCAAGGCCCCUGGGGGCGCCCCGGCCAACGUGGCGAUCGCCGUCACCAGGCUGGGCGGGAAGUCAGCGUUCGUCGGCAAGCUCGGCGACGACGAGUUCGGGCACAUGCUCGCCGGGAUCCUGAAGCAGUACGGCGUGAAAGCCGAGGGGAUCAACUUCGACCAGGGCGCCAGGACCGCCCUCGCCUUCGUCACCCUCCGCGCCGACGGCGAGCGCGAGUUCAUGUUCUACCGGAACCCCAGCGCCGACAUGCUGCUCAAGCCCGAGGAGCUCAACCUCGAGCUCAUCAGAUCCGCCAAAGUGUUCCAUUAUGGCUCGAUCAGCUUGAUCGUUGAGCCAUGCAGAUCAGCCCAUCUGAAGGCCAUGCAAGUGGCCCGGGACGCUGGGGCCCUCCUCUCCUAUGACCCCAACCUCAGGCUCCCUCUGUGGCCAUCGGCCGAGGAUGCCCGUGAGCAGAUCAUGAGCAUCUGGGAAAAGGCGGACUUGAUCAAGAUCAGCGAUGUGGAGCUGGAGUUCCUUACUGGAAGUGACAAGAUUGACGAUGCCUCUGCAAUGUCUCUAUGGCACCCUAACCUCAAGCUCCUCCUCGUCACCCUGGGCGAAAAGGGCUGCAGAUACUACACCAAGAAUUUCUGCGGCCAUGUCGAGGCUUACCAUGUAAAUGCAGUGGAUACCACUGGUGCUGGCGAUUCAUUUGUGGGAGCUCUUCUCUGCAAGAUCGUUGACGACCACUCCCUAAUCGAGGACGAAUCGAGGCUGAGGGAGGCGCUGAAGUUUGCGAACGCAUGUGGAGCCAUCACAACCACCAAGAAGGGAGCAAUCCCGGCCCUUCCAACUGCGGAUGAAGUCCUGAGCCUCAUGAAGGGCUCCAAAUGAACUUGAAACUUUGCAAAUUCCUUUUCCUUGUCAUUCUCCCCUUAGUUUUUCUUUCGUUUCUUUCUUCUUCAGUAGGGAGUUUGCUCAUCAAAUUCGACGAGGCUUUCUUCUUUUGGUCUUCUCAUUGAGGCUCUCCUCUCUUUUUUUUCUUUGCAUGUAAUGAUUGGAAGACUUCCCCAAUGCUUCAAGGUAUUAUUAUCUAAUAAAAUUUGCUUGGAAAAGGAAGUGAAGAUUUGAAAUUGAUCAAGUAUUUACCCCUCUUCCUUUUGCUGGA